AUUUUUCAAAGUGAAUUUUAUCAAAAUCGAUAUAAUUGUCUUCAUGUGAGUGAAUAUCAAAGUUUUACUAUUUUUCAACACAAAAUAAACAUUAUAUACACAAAGUAAGCAUACCCAUUUUAAGUGGGUAUGCUCCUGUUGGAAAUAAGAUGCAAAUAUUAUCAAUUUAACUUAUUAUACUCCCCAGUUAGAAACCUUGGGAAGGGCUCUGAUACAGGUCAUUGGUGGUGCAUUUGUCUGCACGUAUGGAAAGCCCUGCUUUCAAUCUCACACCGUCUCAAAACUAUCAACAGAGAAAGGAUCAACGUAAUUAAAAUAAUUCAACAGAAAGAUGCACUUGCUGAGAUAUUGUAGUGGGUGCAGUACCCUUCUUCCGACUCUGAGCGCCGCUGUUCACCUACAAGGAGCAAAACUCCGCCAGAGCUCAGUUGGGAUUCUCUGGGUCCAAAAGCCUCACACUUCAAACAAACUGGUUCCUGAGCUGCAACGAAAAUCACCCCGGAAUUUAAUGCCCUCCAGCUGCAGGAGACUCCUGAGGCCACAGAAGAAAAGAACCAGGUUAAACACCCAGAGGAUCGGGGAGAGCUUUAAGAGAAUUCCGUGCUCAGAAGACAAUGGCUGUUCAAAGGAAUCUCUCAGGGCGCACCAAAUUGGUCCUCCUUUUCCUGUGGAUUCCCUGGGAGUCCGCAGCCCGGCAGAUCCGCUACUCGGUUCCUGAGGAACUAGAGAAAGGCUCUUUUGUAGGUAACAUCUCCAAGGAUCUGGGCCUGGAACCCCGCGAGCUGGCGGAGCGCCGGGUCCGCAUCGUCUCCAGAGGUAGGUCGCAGCUUUUCUCUCUGAACCCGCGAGGCGGCAGUUUGGUCACCGCAGGCAGGAUAGACCGGGAGGAACUGUGCGCCCAGAGCGCGCCAUGUCUUGUGAGCUUUAACAUCCUUGUGGAAGAUAGAGUGAGACUUUUCGGGAUAGAGAUAGAGGUAACAGAUGUCAAUGACAAUGCCCCAAAAUUCCAAGCAGAAACUCUAGAUGUAAAAAUUAAUGAAAAUGUCGCUUCAGGGAUGCGCUUUCCUCUUCCGGAAGCUAUUGAUCCGGAUGUGGGCGUGAACUCUCUGCAGAGUUACAAGCUCAGCCCCAAUAAGCACUUCUCUCUUGGCGUUCAGAGCCGUGCUAAUGGCGUCAAGUACCCAGAGCUAGUGCUGGAGCACUCCCUAGAUCGUGAGGAAGAAGCGAUUCACCACCUGGUCCUCGUGGCCUCUGACGGGGGUAACCCUCCCAGAUCAGGCACUGUCCUCAUCACUGUGACUGUCUUUGAUGCAAAUGACAAUGCUCCAGUCUUCACCUUGCCCGAAUACCGGGUGAAUAUUCCAGAGAACUUGCCUGUGGGCACUCAGCUGCUAAAGGUAACCGCCACUGACAAAGACGAAGGCGCCAAUGGAGAGGUGACAUACUCGUUCCGAAAGUCACUGGACACAAAAUUGUUGAAAUUCCAACUAGACAAAAAUACUGGGGAAAUAAAAAUAUCUGAAAAUCUAGACUAUGAAGAAAUGGGUUUCUAUGAAAUAGAAAUCCAAGCUGAAGACGGUGGGGCCUAUCUGGCGACUGCAAAAGUGUUGAUUACAGUAGAGGAUGUAAAUGACAAUGAUCCAGAGGUCACCAUCACAUCUCUCUUUAGCCCAGUGACUGAAGACUCGCCUGUGGGCACUGUCAUAGCCCUUUUAAACGUGCACGACUUAGACUCUGGGCAGAAUGGAGAGGUAACCUGUUCCAUCUCAGGGAGCCUGCCUUUUAAAUUAGAAAAGUCCAUUGACAGUUACUAUAGACUAGUGACACAAAGAGCCCUUGAUAGGGAACAGGUGCCCUCUUACAACAUCACAGUGACGGCCACUGAUGGGGGAAACCCACCUUUGUCAACCCAGGCUCACUUCACUCUGCAAGUGGCAGAUAUCAACGACAACCCGCCUACCUUCCCUCGCACAUCCUACUCUACCUCCGUCCCAGAGAACAACCCCAGAGGUGCCUCCAUCUUCUCAGUGACUGCCCUGGAUCCAGACAGCAGAGAGAAUGCCCAAAUCGUUUACUCUCUGGCUGAAGACACCGUUGAGGGGGCACCACUCUCUUCCUACAUAUCCAUCAACUCAGACACUGGCAUCCUGUAUGCGCUCUGGUCCUUUGACUAUGAGCAGUUUCGUGAACUGCAGGUGCAGGUGACUGCUAGUGACAGCGGGAAGCCUCCCCUCCACAGUAAUGUGUCAUUGACCCUGUACGUGCUGGAUCAGAAUGACAACUCUCCAGAAAUCUUGUACCCCACCAUACCCACUGAUGGCUCCACUGGAGUAGAGCUUGCUCCCCGCUCAGCAGAACUGGGCUAUCUGGUGACGAAGGUGGUGGCAGUGGACAGAGACUCGGGACAGAACGCCUGGCUGUCCUAUCGCCUACUCAAGGCCAGCGAACCAGGUCUCUUCUCGGUGGGACUGCACACAGGUGAGGUGCGCACAGCACGGGCCUUGCUAGACAGAGAUGCUCUCAAGCAGAGUCUCGUAGUGGCUGUGCAGGACCAUGGCCAGCCUCCGCUCUCUUCAACAGUCACUCUGACUAUCGCAGUAGCUGACAGCAUCCCUGAGGUUCUAGCAGAUUUGGGCAACCUAGAGCCACUUCCGGACUCUGAAGCCUCAAGCCUCACACUCUACCUAGUAGUGGCGGUGGCAGCGGUCUCCUGCGUUUUUCUUGCCUUUGUCAUUGUGUUGUUAGCACUCAAACUUCGUCGCUGGCACAAGUCUCACGUGCUGCGGUCUUCAGGAGACGGAUUGGCUGGCCUGCCCGCCUCUCACUAUGUGGGCGUGGAUGGGGUGCGCGCUUUCUUGCAAACCUAUUCGCACGAGGUCUCCCUCACUGCUGAUUCGCGGAAGAGUCACCUGAUCUUCCCGCAGCCCAACUACGCAGACACGCUCAUUAGCCAGGAGAGCUGUGAGAAAAAAGAUCCUUUGUCUUUGUUAGACGAUUCGAAGUGCCCUGUCGAAGUGCCAGAACAGAAGCUGAACAUGAUGAGGACAUUGUCCUCUUUAAUGGUGAAGAAAACUCAGCGGAAACCGGAAGUGCUGGGGCGGGGCUCUAGAAUAACCUAA